AUGGCUGCAGCUACCGCACCCUCGUCGGUGAUCGACUUCAAGUCCCAAGCCACAUUCCCGAUCCGCUUGGGGACGAGCGUGUUGAAGCCCUCUACGCCGGCGCGGUUUACGAGUGUGAGGUUCAAUCAUAAGCCGAAGUUUAAGGGGUCUGGGGAUGUCAAGGCUGUUAUAAGAGAGGGCGAUGGUGUUGGGGAAAGCAAGCUGUUGCUGGAAGACGAUGCAGGCGAGUACAAGUACGCCGGGAGACAUGUCCAGGAUGAAGACAGCUACGUGCUGGUGGUGCGUGGACAAGGCAAGGAGAAGGAGAUGGUGCUGGAGCGUAUGGGCAGCAGUCAUGGCUUCAAUUUGACUAGUACGCCUUCGCAGAGCGAUGCCAAGGUGUUGGCGGACAAGUAUCCUCACCUACCCCAGGAUGAUGGCGAUGAGGUAGAUUUGUUUGGAGAUAACGACGAGGAUAUGCCGCCCGACGAAUCGAACCCAUUCGACUAUCGACACUUCCUCAAAGCCGAGUUGGAGAAGCAAGAGACCGCGAAGGAGGCUGCGGAGACUGCCCGAAGUUCGGCUGGGACACCACUCGCGCGGAGCCAGGCUGUGGCUAGCUCUACGCCCAUGAGCAAGCCUGCGAAGCCGGUCAAGAAGACUGACCCGAAGCCGCAAGCAGCCAAGAAGCGCAAGAACGCAGCGGCAGAGAAGCCCAACCCCAAACGCGUCAAGGCUGGACAGGAGCCACCGGUCGCUGCGGAACCGGCUAAACCGAAGACGAGGCCAGAGAUCCCGAAGAUCAAUCUGGAUCGCAAGGCUUCACUACGGAGACCUUCGCUUGAUGAUUCUGGAGAGCUGAUACUAGAGAACGAGACUCCAGUUACGGAGAAGCCGCCUAAGCAUAACGCCAUGGCACUGGCAUUGUCUGGUCAACUGGGAGGAGGGCCCAUCAGUUUGAGAUCAGCUGCCAGCAGUCCUGGGAGCCAUAUCGACGCAUCUCCAGCGCCUCAGAGACCCGAGGGCAUGGACGAAGAAUACGUCUUCGAGUUCGACGACAGCCCAGAGCCAUCUAAACCAGACGAUCACACUGUCCCCGAGGACGAUGGGGACGCAGACGCGGACGAAGACGAAGAUGACGCCGAUGUAGAGGAUCUCGAACUACCUUCUCCCGCGCAAGGGCAACGAGCGAAUGCCAAUCCGCCGGCUGCUACUAAUGGCGGGGACGAUGACGACGAUCUGGAUGCACAGCUGGCUGCGGCUAUGAUGGAGGAGGAUGAUGGUGGGAAUCAGGAGAGCGAGGAGAGUGAAGAGGAGUGA